AUGGCUUAUCAGACUUUAUUCCAAGAAUAUAUGCUUGUACCCCCAGUGACAAGAGCCUACACGACUGCUUGUGUUAUCACAACAUUAGCUGUACAACUAGACCUUGUUUCACCUUUUCAACUUUACUUCAAUCCAAAUCUAAUACUGAAAAAGUUCCAGUUAUGGAGAUUAAUAACAACAUUCCUUUUCUUUGGGAACUUAGGAUUUAAUUUUUUCUUUAAUAUGAUAUUUACAUAUAGAUAUUGUAGAAUGUUGGAAGAGGGAUCAUUUAGGGGAAGAACAGCUGAUUUUGUCGUAAUGUUUAUCUUCAGUGGAGUCCUUAUGAUUCUGUCUGCCUUUUUUGUUAAUUUAUUAUUUUUAGGACAAGCUUUCACAAUAAUGAUUGUAUAUGUGUGGUCACGUCGGAAUGUAUUUGUUCGUAUGAACUUCUUUGGCCUUAUGAAUUUUCAGGCUCCAUACCUUCCUUGGGUGCUACUAGGAUUUUCUGUUUUACUUGGUAAUGCAAUAUCUGUAGAUUUGGUCGGAAUGGCAAUUGGACAUGUAUAUUUUUUCCUGGAGGAUGUUCUUCCACGACAAAGAGGAGGUCAAAAACUGUUGAAAACACCACAAUUUCUCAAAAAACUGUUCGAUCCAGCUCCUGAAGAGCAAGAUUAUGUUCCACUUCCUGAAUUAGCCAAUGUGCGACCUGGAGGGUUUGAUUGGCGACGACGCAAUCCCGACGACGAUAAUGAUGCUAAUGGAUAA